AUGUUGUCCAUAAUCGUCGCGAUUUUCGCUACUCUUACCGCUGCGCAAAGCACACCCUGGCCCACAUUCGGCAACUGGACCGAGGUAUUCGACGGUCACCCAUACAUCCUCUCAGGCCCAAAGACCCUAGGAAAGAAAAUCGACUUCGAACUCGAGCGAUGUCACUUCGUCCUCAAACUACUCAACGAGCGCACACACAUCCCAAACAGCCAGGUCCCGCUCCCAACCCCAGGCUCCCUCUGUAUGGACAUCCUCGCCAAACGGAAAGCUUCCAUCGGCGACCGGGGCUUUCUCGAGCUCUUCUCCAAAGAUAUUGAAGAUGCCAAACAGUUCUGGUAUGACGUCAACUCCAAUUCCACGCUACAGGACCCAGCCACGUGGAAAUCGGUCGAGUGUCGUGCCCUUGUACCAUUUCCCAAUGUCAACGCCUGGGCCUUUUCGACGUGGUCUGCCUCACCUCUCGCAGAUGCUGCUAAUAAUCGCGGCAACGCGGAGCACUACUUCAAGAAGUCUACUUACGCUGGAGGAGGAGCGACUGGCACAUCGCGGAUUCUGGAGAGCUGGGGCGGGGUGGUGACCAACUUUAGUAUUCCCAACUACAGCGCACGAACGUGUGCGCAGAGACCGAUGGUGCGACUGCUACCCGAGUUUCGACUCAAGGCUUGCGGUGACAAGAAUCUUAUCGACGGCAACAAUACCCGAUUUGGGGUGUUGAAUAUUGCCGUGAGGGAUAUCAGUGUGGCUGGGAAAAGGUAUCUUGAUAUCUAUGCCUCCGUGUGGUAUGGCAGCGCUAUCCCGGAGGAGCACCUUGAGGCAGAGAGGCAACAUAUCAUUAUUGAGAUUGUCAACUUGAGUUUGAAAGCUCAGGAAGAUGUGCAGAGUGGGGUGUUCAGAGUUCCGGCGCCUUCAGAAUCUUGA